CCUUCAGGACGCUAGCGGUGCUGAUCUCACUCACUAGGAAAAUACUGGGACAGGAAACUCGCUAUAGCCUAACACGAGCGCCUCAGCACUCCUAUACAAACGGGGAUUUGGACCGAAAGACGGAAGAUGGCCACCAGGAGACCUAAUCUGAUGUUUGUGGUGGUGGUGAUGGUGGUGGUGCUUGAGGCUACUACCACAGCGUCUCCGGCAGCAGACACGCUUAUGGCGGUGCAGGAGACUGGCCACAACAACCACCAAGAACGUGAUGGCAAAUUUUUAAGCUUGCAGUUCUUACCGUUCGUAACGGUGCGAGUGCGGCCGAGUGAGUGUACCCUCAACUCCACCAAUGAGACUGGGACCUGUACCUCAACCAACCAGUGUACCGCUCAAGGUGGAAAGGCCGAAGGACCCUGUGGCAACGGUUAUGGUGUCUGUUGCUCAUAUUACACCAAGUGUGGUCAAACAGUGAGUCGGAACUCCACCUUCCUGGUCAACGACAACUACCCCAGCGCCACCAGUGCCAUUGACAACUGCCAGUAUACCAUCGAGAAGAUGAACGCCAACGUGUGCCAGCUGCGUCUGGACCUGGUCACGCUACAGCUCCUGGGCCCCAACAACAUGAGCCAGUGCGACCAAGACACCUUCACCGUGGUGGGGUCGGGUGGAGCCAACCCCAGCGUCAUCUGUGGCGUCAACGACGGUCAACACAUGUACUUGGACCUGGCGAGCGGGACGGGGUACGCCAGGAUCAACAUCGCCACCACCACCGCGGGAUUCAAUCGCUCAUGGAAAAUCAAAGUCACGCAGAUUCCCUGCGCCUCCACCAGCAGAGUGCCACCCAACUGUCUCCAGUACUACACCGACUACUCUGGCACCAUCAAUUCCUUUAAUUACCAGACAGCUGGGACGGGGAAGAAGCUGGCCAAUCAGCUGUACACGGCGUGCAUCAAGACCAAGGAAGGCUUCUGCGGCAUCAGAUACACAGCCAACAACUUCACCAUGUCACCACCAGUUACCGCAGCUGGGCAGUGCAGCAGUGACUUCCUCAUCAUCCCCACCGUGGCCAAGAAUGGCACCGCCGGCGUCUCUGACCGUCGCUGUGGCACCACCUUCUCUGACCUGACCACGUUCUCUGAGCCUUUCGAGAUUCGAGUGGUGACUAACGGUGAAGAUGCGCCGACUGACAACAAUGGCGGCUUUUCCAUCAACUACACCCAGAUCCCCUGCUGAGUCUCCCGUCUCUUUGCGGCUGCUUCUCCUCUCUGCUAAUGUCUGGAAUGGUCUACCUCGCCUGCUGGACACGGCAGCUUCCUCGUCUACUGAACACGGCACCUGCCUCGCCUGCUGAACACGGCAGCUACCUCGCCUACUGAACACGGCAGCUCCCUCGCCUGCUAGACACGGCAGCUACCACGCCUAGUAGACACGGCAGUUAUAAAUGCUUCAGCUUGUAUUCCCAAUACCCAGGACAGACGGACAACGAGGCGACAUAGGAUACCCAAACUCAAAACACUGACCAAGUAGCUGGGUGAUCCAGCAGGACUCCUCACCUUCCUCUUCCCGAGUCUCCCAUCUGUUUGUGAACGAAAGAACCCAUCCCCAGGCUAGGCUGUUGUGUGUUAACCGGUGUACUGUUGCGUGUUAAUAUGUGUACUGUUGCGUGUUAAUUUGUACUGUUACAUGUUAAAUUUGUUGUUUUAUUUUGAAAUUGUUGUUUGUUUUCAUGUACGUAAUUUAUUUUGUUAUUGACUUUACUGUGUGUGUGUGGAUAUUUACUCGCAAUGCGAUAAUAAUAAUAAUUUAAUAAAAAUAUUACAUAGGAUUACACAGCGUACUUUGUGUAUUUAUAUUUGUAUAAUGUUGCUAAUAUCAUUAAAAGUUAUACUUAUGUGUCUGGGUUACUUAACAAGCAUCAAAAUAUGGAGCUGGAUUGCGUAGCUUGGAGAUGGUCCUUGUAGACCCAGAGGAAGGUCAGUGUGAUUGACCUGGGGCCCACAGGUCAAUUACUCGCCUCUUCCCAGGUGUUGUUAUAGAUUCAGCUACUCGGAACAAGUUCCAAGUAGCACGGGCUAUGGUGAGCCCGUAACUUACCCGGCACAGGAG